CGGGGCGGCGGCCGGACCCGGAAGCGGCGCGGCUGAGUCACGGCGGCGGCGGCGAUGAGGCAGCCGCAGCCGCGGGCGGUGUCGUUGUCAUUGUCGGCGUCGCUGUCCCCUCUCGGCGUCUGAGGAGCCGCCCGCGCGCGCCCGCCCUGCUCUCCGCGCGCCGCCCGCCACACUCGGUGCCGCCGCCAAGAUGAUGGAGGAGAUAGACCGGUUCCAGGUGCCCGCCGUGCGCGCCGAGAUGCAGCCGCUGGAUCCAGCAGCUGCAGCUAUUUCGGACAGAGAUUGUGAUACGAGAGAGGGAGAGACUGUAGCCAUGAACUAUAAGCCAUCUCCACUUCAAGUGAAAUUAGAGAAGCAGAGGGAGCUGGCUCGGAAGGGGUCCCUGAAGAAUGGCAAUAUGGGAAGCCCAGUUAAUCAGCAGCCCAAGAAGAACAACGUGAUGGCACGAACAAGGCUCGUCGUUCCCAACAAGGGCUACUCAUCACUAGACCAGAGUCCAGAUGAAAAGCCCCUGGUAGCCCUGGAUACAGACAGUGAUGAUGACUUUGAUAUGUCGAGAUAUUCCUCCUCGGGAUACUCAUCAGCUGAGCAGAUCAACCAAGACUUGAACAUCCAGCUGCUAAAGGAUGGGUACCGGUUAGAUGAGAUCCCGGAUGACGAGGACCUCGACCUAAUCCCCCCUAAAUCGGUCAACCCUACCUGCAUGUGUUGCCAAGCCACCUCCUCCACCGCCUGUCACAUCCAGUAGUGAGGCCGGCAGGCUGUGAUCAGUGCUUUCCACUAUAACUGUAAAACUUAACAGCCAUUGCUUCCUCCUAUGGUAGGACGUGCACCUCUUUGUGUUCAUGGAGCCAGGAGAAACCAAAAAAUUCAUUUUAUGAUUGGUUGAUAACUUAUUUUAAACUAUGGUAAAACAAAAGAGAAGUUGCUCAAUGUGCCAGGCAGUGCCUGGCAGAGCUGACUGGUCUGGAGAGCGAAUGCAGAGGGGUCCAGAGAUACCUCCUUGAUUUGUUUAGGCACUGGGGAUAUUUUGUAAAGUGUCUUUUUCCAGAAUGGGAAAGGUCAGGUGGGACUUCAGGUAAUCCUGCCCACUGAAACCAAUCCAUCUGCAAGAUUAGGGCAAGUUGGAGGUAUCAAAGUGUUUUACCAAUGGGAGGAAGUCAGUUCUUAAUUCAUUCACUAAACCUGUUCCAUUUGCAUAACCAAAAUGAUAUAACUGGGGCACAGGAAGGGGGACGAACCAGGGCAUCCUUUUUUAUGGCAAGGCUAGCCAGGACUAGCAUAAUACAAUUCAUUCACUUGCAAAAGGGACAAGUAGCUGACAUCUCACUGUGAGUCAGUACUAGCUACAGCUGUUGUGUCACAUAGCCAAUGCAAUCUACCCUUAGCGCCACACUAAAUUAUCACCAAACACAUCAGAUGAGAUCUGCAAUCCACUCAUGCCCUUCAAGGAUUUGCUCAUUUCCCAGGAAUACCAAUCGUACUUGUGACUUCAGUUCAGUCACGUAUUCUGACUUCAGCUUGUAUUUAAUCCGUGUGCAACCUAACUCUUUCCAAAACUCUUAAACUUUGUUCAGCUGAGAAGAAGUGAAUCCUCCUUGAGUCAGGACUAGAGAUGUACAGCCUGAAGAACAGUGCUGGAAACGGUAGUUGAAGACAGCACAUUUUGACAGUGCUUGACUCUUGAUAUUCCCUUGACACUGUGUCUCUGGGUGCCUGUGGGAGAAACUCAUUAAUGCUGAAGUCAUCAGUGUGGUGGGGUCAGACUUGAGAGGAAUUUUCAGCUUCAGAUGAAAGAUGCCCAUAAGAGGAAACUACUGUUCCAGACAUGGUCCCAGGUCAGGAGCAGUUGGUGCUGGAAAAGUUAGGAAAUCUGUUGGAUUAGGUAGCUGGCCUGAGCUCCCAGUUCACCAGCAGAUUGUUUCGAAUGCAGAGUCACUUCUGGAAUUAGGAAACAUGUUCUCUCACUGACUGCAGCAUAUACAAGGGAUGGGCUGGAAUUUUUCUUGGUGUUGAAAUCUUUUGCCACAGAUUCUUGUGUUUUCCUGGCCUUUCAAGGGGAAGAACAACCUGCCUUGGGUCAUCACCUGCUUUGUAGCCCGGGAAAGGAAAAAAUAAGGCCAGUUCUGAGUUUCCCAUCAGAAUUCCUGAGUCACAAAGCAGACCUUGAGCUGUACCACAACAGACAGAUCCCCCAUCUGAAAUCUAUAUGAAGUGAGCUGAGGCUUUAAGAAGUCUUAAUUAGCAGGAGGUUUUCUUUAACAUCCUGGAGAUUUAAUCUGUGCAGUGCAAAGCUUGAUACCAGCCACAGUCUGAGUGAAAGAACAGGCACACAAGAUUCCUGGAUUUAUUUACUUGAUGGUAUUGACAACUUUUAAAGCUGUGCUUGUCUCCUCUGCCUAAAACAACAUGCUGCCACCCUAGUUCCAGGCCAUAGAAGGAGGACUUGAAUGGUGCUGUUUACUGAGCGUCCCUGCCUCUUCAUGCAGAAGUGAUGGUUGACUUGCCAUCUUUUGUAGGGAUAGUGUUCCUUAAGUGAAUUCAUCUACUUUUCUCACCAUCUGGUAUGCUGAGAGGGAAUAUUUCCAAAAUACAACUCAGGUACAAGGUUGUCUGGAGGUGGGGGAAGUAGAGAGUAGAGAGAAAGAUAAAAGGGAAUAACAUUCUUUAAGGAGUCUUUUUUAAUGGGGAAUAUCGUCAAAACCUAAUAGAAAUACCAUGGUAAAACCAAAUCCUAUAGGACAUGACCAGCACUCGCUAAAUCUUCACUCUUCUGGAGAGGGACUUUGCAGUUCAGCACUGGUAUCAUGGAAUAUCUUCAUCACAUUUAUCCUCCUCGGUCAGUUUCUGCCAUCCAGCGAGGCUGCACACACUCAGCCCUUCCCACAGCCCUUGCUCAGGAGCUCAGAGCAUUUUGGAGUGCCUGCUAGAGCAACAAGCCAUCUCUUUACCUGGGCCAGCCACUGAGGGCUGCAUAUGCCACAGGUCUCCAUUGAGCUGCCAUCAUAGAAUCAUGCCAUCAUCUGGGUUCAAAAAGACCCUUAAAAACAUCACUGAGUCCAGCAAUAACCAAGCACUAUCCUGUUCAGUCUAGGAUAGAAUGAGGUUUGCUGUCACUGUUACCUCUCAGGGUUAAUACCUCUCCUCUGAGGGACAGAUUUCCAUAUAGUGGACUUGGCAGUGUGGAUUAACAGUUGGAUUCUAUGAUUUUAAAGGUCUUUUCCAAUCUGAGGGAUUCUGUGACACCCACUGUCCCAUGGCAUCAUUAUCAAGUCCUUUUGUUUCCCCUGUUGCUGGCUUUUGCUUGCCAUGUGCCCUGAGACAUCCCCCAACCCUGCAACUGCCUUCAGCCCUUUGCAUUUUGUGAUGUGCAUCUGCUUCUAGCACACCCCUUUAGGGAGGGAGGGAGAUGAAUUCAGAUGUUCCACCCAAUGUUUCCUCCAAAUACAAACCAAAGCACAACUCAAGCAUUUUUACCUGUGCACAGAAGGAGUUGGUUGCAGUUGGUUUGGCAUGACAAUACAGGACCAUAAAAUGGCAAUUUUUUGGCUUCUCCUCUCUAUGCUUUGUGUUCAUAUAUUUUAUUAGGAGAAUAAUGUAGAAAGGGUGGGGAAAAGUAGUUACCUGUGUAGGGUCAUUAUCAGAAAGGCUGCGUGGCUUAAGGCAAUGCACAUGUAGCUGUCACAGAAAACUGAACACUAACCCUUCUGAACUGCAGCCUCUUCAGCAAAUUAUGACCAUGCAGCGUAUUUGUUGGCUCAUUAUGGAAUGUUGAGAACUGCACAUGGAUAUGUAUCAACCACAGAUGAGGCUGGUUCCCCUUGUCUGGUCUCAUGUUCAGACCUAUGCUUUAGCCAUCAGGUUUUCUAUGUAUGCCAUCAGAGUCACAGAAUAGGUAAGACUGGAAGGGGCCACAGUGGGGUCAUCUGAUCCAGCCUCUCUGCUCAAGCAACCCUUGUUGGAGGUUAUGCUGUGGUGAUUUCCUGGGAAGGUGUGGAGAUAGAUGGCUAUCCUGGCACUGCUCUCCUUAGACCAGUCUCUGCCACCAUAGCCAGAAGAAGGCAGAAGGCGGGAGCGCAGACUGACUCUCUGUCACAGCAUUUCUACAAAAUCUACAGAGCUGCUGGUGCUCUCCUAAAUGCAGACGGCAUGCAAGAAAGAAAAUCAUUCCUUUCACCAAUCUUUGCACCAAACAAGAUGGCCCUCUCAGGCCACAUUUUCAAUCCAAAGUUGUACAGAAAACCAAGGGGAGGAACACUAUGGAAUAUGAAAUGCUGCGUUUCUGUCUACCUAAAUUAACCAUGCAAACAGGAUGUAAGGAUAUUGAUGCUGGUGCUUCCACAAAGGAAUUUGCAUUUGAUGCCUCCUAAAGCCAGACUGGGCUUUUGUUAGGAUUUUAUGUAAUGUCAGUCACCAAAUUAUGUGAGUUUCAGCAAAUCCUUUUAUCAGAUGUUAAUCUGAUUAAAUAUCAUGUAGUAUCCUUGAAUGUGAGCUGGAUUUGAACAGCAGGGUGUCAGCACUCUGUUCAGUCUCUCUUGUCUGCAAACUCCAUAUUUCCAGAUGUCUUUGGGAGGAGGAACAUCCUCCUAGUCUUGAGAAAGGUCUAUAGAUAGUGUGUUCAUGUCUGAUUUUCUUAUGUUUGUACAUAAACCUUGGCUGAAAGGAGGCUGAUGCCCAUUCUGAAGGCUCAUUUGGUAUCUUACCAGACACAUCUUGAAGUGAACCCUUGGAAGAGCCACUGGGUGAUACCUGACAUUGUGGCAUGUCUGUCCCUAACAUGUGUGCUUGGCCACUGGAUCUGCUGUGCUCUCUUGUCUGUCCUGCCUGCAGAUGCCUUGCAACUGCAAAAGCAGGUGACCAUCCCUGCUGCAUGGACUUUGAGAGGGACUUCAGGACAGCUUCCCCACAGACAAGAUGGACUCAGCUCCUUCUGGCUUGUUUCACCAGCUCUUGUCCCAAAAGGAGGCACCCACUGUGUUCAGCAGUUCACUGGCUGACACACAGGUCUGCAAUCCUGAGCAGAUUCCUUCCCUUUCCAUGCACAGUCUGAUCCUGGUCUGGCCUGCAGGCUGUGCAGGAGAAUGCAGGAGGCUUGAAAAAUGCAGUGCCCUAUGUGUGACUCAACAGAAACAUGAAGAUGUUUUUGAAGAAAGGAAGGACCCAGCUGGGCAACAGAUGGAAAACAGGAAAAGGAACACAAGCAAUAACUAGAAAGAUUGCCAAGUGCUGUCUUGGCCUAGGGCAGAUCCCAGUUGUCCAAGUUGAUCUGUCUCAGUGCUGUGCUGAUGCCAGCAGGAAGCAAAGCUUGCUUUCAGAUGUACACACCAGAAACACCCUGUCUCUGAGCUCGCACUGCAGCCAGAUACAGCUGGGUGUAUCCAGACCUGGUGGGUCUGCUAGACUGUUAGAGCACAGAAAUGAGAUCUGGGGUCCUUGCUGCUGUUGGUAUUUGCUCUAACCUCAGGCAAGCCACAUCCCUUCUUGAUGUCCAUUCCCUUCUGCAGCACAUGGGAGAAACCUGCCUUCCCAAAGUUCUGCCACCAUCCUGCAUAGAUACUGCCAAGUGUGAGAGGCACCACUGAUAGGACAGUUCUGGAAGCAGGAUGUAAAUAUCAUGCUAUAGAAAUUUAAUUCCUAUUUUCAGAGUACUACUCUGCUUUCCUUCUGUUUACCAUCUUCUGAUGUUCCUCGUGCAUGCCAGAAUGCAGCAGGGCGGAGAUUAGUACAGAGGUUAAACAUCUUUCGAGAAAGAUGUUUGUCAAGGGUAUGUUAUCCAGUUUCUUGGCAGCUGACUCUUGCACAACUGCUUUCUGAGUUUGCUUGCUCCCAGAGAGAACAUGUGCAAUGACUUUGUGGCCCAACAGCACCAUCCUCUGAUAGCAGAAUUAAGGAAUUUAGGAGUGCAGCUUGAGAUGGCAAGACAUGAUGAAUGGGAACAGAGGAUUGAAAGGCUCAUUUUUGGGAUAUUCCCGUGGCAGUUUCAUGCUCUUGCUUUUAGCAACCAUAUAUCACCUUAGCCUUUAGACUGGUGUUUCUGCCUGGGCUGCUCCUUUACUUUUCCAUUCUCACUUCAAACCCACCUGGGGUAUUGCCACUCUUACCUAGACUGCCAUAGGCUUUGGCACCUGGAGGCUGCUUGGCUCAGCAAGCUUGGAAUGCAUGUUCAAAAGCAACAUCUGCAUAGAGGAGCAGUGCCACGGGGCUAGCUAGGAAGGCAUACAAAGGUCUUCAUUUUAAACUGCUUUUCACCUCUAGGCACACUUGUCUCUUCCUUUAAAGGCUCAGCUGUGAGAGGGAUUGCUCCAAACCACACCUCAUCAGACAAACCCGCCUUUGUUACAGAACCACACAAGACCUGAAGCAGAAGGGCCAGGAAUUUAGCAUAAAGGGAGAUUUUGUGCCCGGGAUUAUCUGCAGGAGGUCAGUGGAGGUUUCUCAUAGGAGUUGUGGUCCAUAUUUUAACUUCCUGCAUUAUGCAGCUGAGCUGCUGUAUUGCUUCCCAAAAAUUACAGCUACAUCCCUUCCUUUGCCCCACUUGACAUUGUUGGCAGUCCUGGGAUGACAGCAGCUGAACUCUGCCUAUCUGAGCACACCUUUGACAGCUUGCUGAGGAGACAAAGGCUGGGACUGAGAUCACACAGAGCACAGCCCCAUGGCCCACACAAGCAUGCAGCAAACCGUGUCACAGAGCAGCACAGACACCAGCAGGACAGGUUGCAGCUUUCCCUGGUGCCUACUGGAAAGCAGUAGGCACCAGGAAAAGGCCACUGAAAGGCCAUUCUAAGUCCCGUAGCUGCUAAGAUAUUUUGUCUCCCAGAGCAGCAUUUCUCUCCUAGCUGCCCAUGCAGCUGUCCCAGGUGAGCUCCAUGGGAAGCACUGCUCUUCUCCCAGGCUGCCUUUUUGCUUUUUCAGCCUAAAUAGCUGCAACUCCAUUUUGUACCCACAUUCUUCAAGCCUCCAUUAUUUAGGAGACACAGUUUGUUGAGAUAUAGAAUACAGACACAUGCCUACAGAUUUGUUUGUUCAGUUUCUUUGCAUGGAGAAGCUGCAGUAGCAGCUGUGUUCAACUUGUGGCUGCCUCUGGCCUAAGACAAGCCCCAAGCAAAAGUCAGGCCAGCUGUAGGUCAGUGAAUAUGACAGGGUGAGAAUCAGACAGGAGGCUGGGAUUUCUCUUCACCCACAUGAAGGCUGUGGGGCUGAGGAUUCACCAGGUUCAUGCAAAACCUGGUGAGAUGCAGCCCACCAAGCCGGAUGCCUUCACCCUCCUGGCCUCAGUGCUGUGGGUCCAGGUAUGCAGAUCAGGUCCCACACCUGCCAACCCACUUUCUCCUGGUAUGGGCUUGUGUCCUGCAGCAAAGGCCUUAGUAGGGAGCCUGUUGCCUCUGCUUUUGCUGCAGUUGGGCAGGGUGCUCUGAGAUACUGGUGGGGCUGUAGUUUUGCAGGGAAAAAGACUCUGGUGGAAGAUGAAGUCUUUGCAGGGGAAACAGUUCAGAAAGUUGGGUUUUUCCCUUCCCCUUUUUGCACUUUUUAAACCCUUUUUACUCCUUCCACAGAGGUUAUUGAACCUUCAGUUUAAUAAGGGAGAUGAGCUGCCAUUAAAUAGGUUUCUGAAGGGUCUGAAAGCAGGUGCUGACUGGCGUGCAGAGCCAGUCUGUGCCUGACAUGAUUUCCAGACCUCAUUGUCCAACCUGUAGCAGAGUCACCCCAUGAGCUGGGCAAGGACUGGGGUGACCCUCAGUGCUGACUGAGGGUCAGCACUGGCCAUCAUGUCAAACAGCCAUGGCUUCCCAAACUGAAGAAGAAUCAGACCAGAAAAUGGGGGAAGGAGCAACCGCAGUAGAAGGAUAGUCUAGUUGUCACAAAUAAUCUUCAGUAUCCGUGUCCAGUGGUUAGUCUUAGAAUUGCAAGCCUUGUUAUAUUGCACACACGUCCUCCUUCCAUUCCCCUUUUCUCAAAGCAGCCGUCGCCUUUCUUCCCCCUGCCCCAUGCACUAGUGAUGAGUAUCAGAGGCAGUUGCACCAAAGUGAUUCUCAGCCCAGUUCUGCAUCCCCCUUUCCCACCCAAACCCAAGGCAACCCAGACAGUGGUUAGCCUUCACGAGUCUAGUAAUUCCAGUUAGGUUUCUUUCCUUGUGUUUCAUGGCUUCCUUCCCAUGCACUCUAGCAGGGCACUACAGGAGGCUCUGACCGUGUCCCAGGAAGUUUCUUUGCCCCCAGCAGCACCUUGCCGACAUGCACCUUACUGGGAAUGUACUGGGUCAGUGCUGGUGAGAUCUGGCACUGCCGAUCUUGAAUGGGUGGCAGCUGAUGGGGAUCCACCCAAGGAAGUUGGCAGAAAGUGGCUACUGUCCCUUUUCUUUUCUUUUUUGAGGGAGAGAAGGAUUUUUUUGGCAUUACAAUUAUUGUCCAUCUUCCAGUGGCCAAGUUCUGGGCUGCAUUAAUAAUGGGGGUUCAUUGGCUGUCCAGGCAGGUGUGGAGCUCUGCACCAACCUUAAUAGCAAAUGUCAUGGCUGUAGCCAGAGUCUGUGUACAGGAUGGGUUUCUUCCAUGCUGGAAAAGUACUUUCAGCAGGCUCCAGUUGGACACUUCUGGCAGACAGAAAAACAACACUUCUCCAAGUCCAAAUCAAAUCUGCACUUCCAUUUUGUGUCCUCAGCAUGGGAAAAAAAAUCAGCCUAAGCAAAUGCCUUCCAGGUCUCCAUUCCCCCGUGUGGUGCCUGAUGCACCAGGGGAAGGGGUGCUGGGAGGCAUUUCAGGGUCACCAAAAGCAAGAACCUUCUUGGAUUUAUUUAAUGGAAAUACAUUUCAGGACGGGAGACCUCCCAACCUUUGUGUUAAUCUCAAGAGCAGGAGAUGAAUUUCUGGCUGUCCUUGCAUAUAGUGAAAUAUAGCUGAAACAGCCAAACACAAAUAGAGUUAAAUGUAGGGUUUGACCUGAAUAACCUUUUAAUUAGGAAGAUAAAUUUGUUGUAGCUUGACCUUAGUCCUUGUUAGGAACCUGCUAAUCAUUUGACAUGCAGAGUAUAUUAAUGCUGCACUUAACUUGGCCAUUGUUUUUUUAUCUGGUUUUGGGAGUUUUUUCACUCUUGAAGCAUCAGUCUACAUCUUGUAUGGGUUUUCUUUUGUUCCCUUUUUUCCCAUUCAGGUCAUGUAGCACACUGUUGUACUUUUGUUCCCGUCUGUGUAGAGUAUUGCCUUAAACAGAUCAGUUGUGUUAUGGUUUGUUUCAGGUUUUCUCUUUUCUACCAUCAGUUUUAUACAUUAAUUUAUUUUAGAAUAUGGGGUUUUUUUCAAAAACAUGAAAAAUGUGUAUAAUAUUUUUUUUUAACAUUUCCAUUGCAGUAUUUAUCAUUGUUACUGGUUGUGUGUAGUGUAACGGAAUUAAUGAUAUUAAAAAGCAUACAUAUGAAAA